UCUCUCUCUCUCUCCCAGCAGCAUCCCACCUUGCCAUGCACAGAUGAUGCUGUGAUGGUCCAACAACAAGAGAGUGAGUGGCAGGUGAUAUUUGUCAUAGUUGUUAAUGAGCAGCACUUUGUGCGUCACGGUGCGUCCCGGACUCUCCAGCCUGCAUGUUAAUGGGCAGCAGAGCAGCAUGUGAUCCUCCAGUCCGCCAGUAGUCAUCCAGCCACCACACCGACACCGACACACUAGUGCUGCACGGAGGAUCUAUUCAGGACACUUUAUUCUGCGUUCAUAAUAAAAACCCUGGAUAUUGUUGAUUGCUGCUAAAGACUCCAGGACUGAGGCCCAGACCUAAACUCCAGCUGCUGUCACUCCUCAGCAUCUCCCCACCAGCUAUAUAUAUCCACCUCUUCUCCACUCUGCCUUUAUCACCUUUCUCUGUUCCCACCAGACUCCAUCUCUCUCUUUCUCUCUCUCUCCACCCCCACCCCCCUUUCCGACCCUCAGCCUCCCCGAUGCCUAAGAACAGCAAGGUGACGCAGCGCGAGCAGAGCCAUGAGCACGUCACGGAGUCGGUGGCUGACCUGCUCGCACACGAGGAGCCGCUGGACUACAAGAACAGCUCCCUGAACGUCGGAGGGGCCGCUGGGAAAAAGGUCCCGCAGAUAGAGGUGCCCGAAAACGAUGGACGCCCUGCCUGGAACAGCAAACUGCAGUACAUCCUGGCCCAGGUGGGCUUCUCUGUGGGCCUGGGGAACGUGUGGCGCUUCCCUUAUUUGUGCCAGAAGAAUGGAGGAGGUGCCUACCUGGUUCCCUACUUCAUCCUCCUCCUCAUCAUCGGCAUCCCACUCUUCUUCUUGGAGCUGGCUGUGGGUCAGAAGGUCCGACGUGGGAGCAUCGGCGUCUGGAACUACAUCUGUCCCAGUCUAGGUGGGAUAGGGAUGUCCAGUCUGAUGGUGUGUGGCUUUGUGGGUCUCUACUACAAUGUGAUCAUCGGCUGGAGCAUCUUCUAUUUCUUCCAGUCCUUUCAGUAUCCUCUUCCGUGGGCCGAAUGUCCAAUCAGAAGGAAUGGGACACUUGCCAUUGUGGAGCCGGAGUGUGAAAAAAGCUCGGCCACGACCUACUUCUGGUACCGUCAGACUCUGAACACCACCAGCACCAUCGCAGAGAGCGGCGGCCUCAACGUGAAGAUGACCCUGUCUCUGCUGGUGGCGUGGAUCAUCGUCUGCCUCGCUGUCAUCAAGGGGAUCGCCUCCUCUGGGAAGGUGAUGUACUUCAGCUCUCUGUUCCCCUACGUGGUGCUGUUCUGUUUCCUGGUCAGAGGUUUAAUGCUGAAGGGAUCAAUAGACGGCAUCGCUCACAUGUUCACUCCCAAGUUGGAGAAGAUGCUGGAGCCGCAGGUGUGGAGGGAGGCAGCCACCCAGGUGUUCUUCGCCCUGGGUCUGGGGUUCGGAGGAGUCAUAGCCUUCUCCAGCUACAAUAAGAUCGACAACAACUGUCAUUUCGACGCCGUGCUCGUCUCUGUCAUCAACUUUGCCACUUCCAUUCUGGCCACGCUGGUAGUGUUUGCCGUGCUGGGCUUCAAGGCCAACAUCAUGAAUGAAAAAUGUGUCGUAGAGAAUGCAGAGAAGAUCCUGGGAUACCUCAACUCUAACGUCCUGAGCCACGAUCUCAUCCCUCCGCAUUUGAACUUCUCCCAUCUCUCCACAGAAGACUACGCUGAGAUGUACGGGGUCAUCAAGGCGGUGAAAGAGGGCAGCUUCACCGAGCUGGGUCUGGAUCCCUGUGUCCUGGAGGACGAGCUCAACAAGUCUGUCCAGGGCACCGGCCUGGCCUUCAUCGCCUUCACAGAGGCCAUGACUCAUUUCCCGUGGUCUCCGUUCUGGUCGGUCAUGUUCUUCUUCAUGCUCAUUAACCUCGGUCUGGGCAGCAUGAUCGGCACCAUGACCGGCAUCACCACACCGGUCCUCGACACCUACAAGGUCCAGAAGGAGCUUUUCACAGUGUGUUGCUGCAUUGUGGCCUUCUUCUGUGGCCUGUUGUUCGUUCAACGCUCAGGGAAUUACUACGUCACCAUGUUUGACGAUUACUCUGCGGGAUUGCCUCUCACAGUUGUGGUGAUUCUGGAGAAUCUGUCUGUCGCUUGGGUUUAUGGCACAAAAAGGUUCAUGCAGGAUCUGGAGGACAUGUUGGGUUUUCGACCAUGUAAGAUCUAUUUCUACCUGUGGAAGUACGUCUCCCCUUUCUGUCUCAUUGUGCUCAUCUCAGCCACUGUCAUAGAGAUGGCCAUCAGCCCACCAGGAUACAACGCCUGGGUCGAAGAGCUGGCUCAGGAACGCUUCGAGAGCUAUCCUCCCUGGGCGCUGGCCAUGUGCUUCGCUCUCAUCAUCGUGGCCAUGCUUCCUCUCCCUGUUGUCUACCUCGCCCGUCGCUUCAAUCUGAUGUCAGACGGCUCCAACAAGCUGUCCGUCUCCUACCGUAAAACCAUGAUGAAGGAUAUAUCCAACCUGGAGGAGCAGGACGAGUCCAGAUUCAUCCUCGGCGCCAAGCCCGGAGAGGCGCCGCCAUCAGCGCCGGCACGCAGGCCCUUCCUGACUCCAGGAGGGACCAAACCCCUGGACACCAACUCCCUGUCUCCAAACAUCUGCUACGGUACAAGCUACCAGAACGCUGCCAUCAGCCCCACCACGCCGACCACACCGACCACGCCCGCCACGCCAGAGUCUGACUCUUGACUGCUGUCCAAACAACAACCCUCUGACACCCAGUCCUGUUGCACAAGUUUACCUUCCAGCCAUGAAGUCUCCACCGGGGGUCACUGCAGCGCUGAGAAUCCACACCACUGCCCUGCUAACGCCACCAAACUGUAUGUAGCCGCCCAAUUUAUCUGAACACACUCUUCCCUAAAUAACACCAAGGAACCUCCUGCAGCAGGAGGAAAAUAAACAGUAGAUAAACAGUGAAAUCAGGGCGAGAUUGACAGUGACACACUGUCCAUCUGUAUCUAUUCUGUAUAUAACAUCACAGGGUUUAUGUGCUUAGGAUGAAGUUCUGUGAUCUGCUUUUCUUUGCCUUAGUAUAAGGAUCCUCAGCAGACACAGCCUCCCCCCCGCCCCCCUCUCACAGUUUAAUGCACAUCCCUGUCUGCACAGUGCAGGGGAUCUGAACGAAUGAAUGUAGUGCAGCCAGUGUGGUCCUGCUGGUUGAACUGGUUUUCACCCAGUACACUGGCACAGAGAGCCAAGAUGAAUGUGAGUUUAAUUAUUUUAAGGGUUAAAACCUGUCCUCAGUAGUGGUACUGUGUGUCAAAGCCACACAGUCCAAGUUUUUUUCUAUUAAAUCACAGUGAUUUCAGUGAGUACAUACGGUAUGUCUACACCAUAGACUCUAUAUAUAGAUGGACGACGCGUUUCCACUUCCUCCCACUGUACCAAAGUGAAACCAAAAUAUAUUUGGAGUCCGAGUCUGCGUAGUAGUGAUCGCAGGACUGGAGCCACGGUAUCGCCUGAGCCAAUCACGAGCCGAGCAUGGCUGCUUGUUACCUGUUUGGCUCGAAGGACGCAACAACUAACCAUAAUAUCUCUAUAACUACAUCUAUGAUCAAACUGACACGUUCUAUUACACAGACUGGUGACGG